AGUACGUUUCUUCUGCUAAAGAUGGCGGUUCACGGACCCUUUGUGAAAAUCCACCCGGUGGUUCUCGCUUCCAUUGCUGAUUCCUACGAGCGAAGAAAUGAGGGAGCAAGUCGUGUGAUCGGCACAUUGUUAGGAACGAUAGAUAAACAUUCUGUCGAGGUCACCAACUGUUUCUCUGUUCCUCACAAUGAGUCAGAAGAUGAGGUGGCUGUGGACAUGGAAUUUGCAAAGAACAUGUAUGAGCUUCAUAAGAAGGUGUCGCCCAGCGAAGUCAUAAUUGGCUGGUAUGCCACUGGAUAUGACAUCACAGAGCAUUCUGUUCUGAUCCAUGAGUACUACAGUCGGGAGGCACAGAACCCGAUCCACCUCACUGUGGACACGGCACUGCAGAGCAACCGAAUGAACAUCCGGGCUUAUGCCAGUGCACAGAUGGGUGUUCCAGGAAAGACAGUUGGCGUGAUGUUCACACCUUUAACAGUGAAGUAUGUUUAUUAUGACACAGAGCGCAUUGGAGUUGAUCUCUUACAAAGGACUCGUGCAUCGCCCACUCGCACAAAUGGACUGACCUCGGAUUUGGCUCAAGUAGCCAGUGCCGCAGGACGCAUACAAGAAAUGCUUAACACAGUACUCUCGUACAUAGAGGAUGUACUGUCUGGCAAAGUGAUGGCAGAUAACAGUGUUGGCCGCUUCCUAAUGGAUCUGGUGAACAAAGUGCCCAAGAUCUCCGUAGAGGACUUCGAGAGCAUGCUCAACUCUAACAUCAAUGAUCUCCUGAUGGUGACAUACCUGGCAAAUCUGACUCAAGCUCAGAUUGCUCUUAAUGAGAAGCUUGUUGUUCUGUAACCAACAAAUAAAGUCAUGUUUAUCAUUCCAACA